AUGGUUUCCCCGGAAAACACCAAUUGGCUCUUCGAUUACCCGUUGAUCGAUGAUGAUAUUACCGUCGGCGAUGGCUCCUUCACCGUAUCCGCAUCCGCCUUCUCCUGGCCUCCACCUCCCUCCAAUGUCAGUGUUGAAAUUGAUGCUUCACUCGGGGAUUCUGAUGGCCUCAAAGAUCCUGCUUUGAAGAAGAGGGGGAGAUCUGAUUCGUGUACUGCUUCUAGCUCUAAGGCAUGUCGGGAGAAGUUGCGAAGGGAUAGGCUUAAUGACAAGUUUGUUGAAUUGGGCUCCAUCUUGGAGCCUGGAAGGCCUCCCAAAACAGAUAAGGCUGCCAUUCUGAUUGAUGCUGUCAGAAUGGUGACACAGCUGCGGGAUGAAGCCCAGAAGUUGAAAGACUCAAAUACGAAUCUUCAAGAGAAGAUUAAAGAGUUAAAGUCUGAGAAGAAUGAACUUCGUGAUGAGAAACAGAGGCUUAAGGUAGAGAAAGAGAAGUUGGAGCUGCAGGUAAAAUCAAUGAAUGCCCAACCUGCUUUCUUGCCACCCCCUCCUGCAAUUCCUGCUGCAUUUGCUCCACAAGGCCAAGCCCCGGGCAACAAGUUAGUGCCUUUCAUCAGUUAUCCGGGUGUUGCCAUGUGGCAGUUUAUGCCUCCGGCUGCCGUGGAUACAUCACAGGAUCAUGUACUCCGUCCACCAGUUGCCUAA